AUGGGCCUCUUCAUACCCUUCGUAUUGGCACUCGCAGUCUUCUGGCUCGUCAUCGGCAUUUACCUCGCCAAGUUCUUCGCCCAGAAAUACAAGGGCAAGCCAUGGAGCUCCAGAACCGUCGAUUCGCAGUUCAUCUACGGCAACGCACUGCAGAAUGAUCGGAGUACAGGGGUGCACAGCGGAGGUUAUGGACAGGGUGGACAGCCUGGGGGGUUCAACCAAGGGUAUGGAAGGGAUGCUAUUACUACACCACUACUCUACUACACUUGCAAAGAACCUGCUGCCUUCAAGCUUCUUUUACUUCCAGACUUUGGUGUUUGUUCAUGUUCUACCACUACUACCAACGAUUCUUAUCACAACACCUUCUUUGUACCACGCACUCAAUCACAAUACUCAGUGGCCAUGUCUGCAUGCAACUCAUUCACUACUAAGGCUUCGACUUCCUACGCUCAAAGUAUGACAUCCCCCAUGAAUGCACCGGAAGCUGUUACUAACACACCCCACACAGCUGCUGUGGCAUCUUCUGCCCCAACGCCUUCCAUCAUGAACGGCACGCGCCUCUUGCGCAACUCUGAUGCGCGCUCAACUUCUGCCAUCAAGGCUAUCAUAAGCUUCCUCUUUGAGUGUGUGCAGCUGCCUGGCUUCUUUUCUCACUACGCUAGCUUCUUCGCUGGUUUCAUCAGUGGCGCCCUGGGCGGCCCUGCUCUCUACGCCUUCUUUUGCCGCAACCAGUGCGACCGAGCCAAGUUUAAGCUCGCGGUCCACCAUAUCCUCUGCGUUAUUCAACAUGGUCCAGAGUACAACGCGUUACUAGGAGAUCCUGAGAAGUUGCUGAAGCGUAUCGAUGCUGAGGUGAUGCGUCUCGUCGACAAGCACCUCACACAGAACGAGGCUGCCCAAGUCACCAGAGAUGUCAAGCGCAACUUCGCCCAGGCCGCUGUCGAAGAGCCAGCCCAUAAGCGUGUUCGGCAAAACGAGCGUGACGUGGUGAAGGAGUGCAUGGGCCCGUACCUUAUGCCUGCUCACGAGCACUCUCUUCGUGGCUUCAUCAAGGAGCCCAUUGCUAUCCAGCCAUGCGACGACGACGAGCCAAUACCAAAGCCGAAGUCCAUCUUCGACAUCAAGUCGUGCCCUCCUUUCGGCACUCCAGAACCUCCUCGCUGCGACUCACCUCUGCAGCCGGACGCGUCCUUCGUUCUUCGUGAGCUUGGGGUAGAGGACGACCAGAUGGACAUCCAUGAGGCUGGCCCCUCGUCUUCUUGUAUCCCUCAUGUGCCCUUGCAACUCUUCGGUGGUGCUUCAUGUACUCCUGCCACCCUCUCGACCACUCCUGCCCCUCAGCAGAGCAUCCUCGCGGGGCGUGUGAAUCUCUCCACGCCCGCUCUUGACGAGGAUGACAACGGCUACGACAGCGAAGUAGACUUCACGCUAUCUCCUGAGCCUGCCGAGCGCGCGACCCAGGUCGCUGAAGGCCUUCAGGAGGUGGGCAACCCCAAAUCCACACCCCGUCAUGACCCGAAGGCUGGGAGCUUCGGUCUCGACUACGAUGGGGACAUCUACUCGUCAGCCGACGAUGAAGCCCUCCCGGUCCCUGGGGCACCGCCUGUGAAACGCAUGCUCGGCGGUAAGAAGUGCUUCGGCACUCAACUUUCCCCAGUUUCAGGCUCGCCUUCGCAGGUGGGAGGGCUCCCGGCUGGGCUUUCGUUGACCAACUGGUCGACGAAUGCAGAGCUGGAAUUCUCCAGCUCGGGGUCUGAGAGCGAGAAGGGGGUGGCUUCUCCCGCCGUCCACAUGGCUACCCAGCCGGAUUUGGAGUACUCUAGCCCUGGCUCUCCUGGAGCCAUGACAACGCCCCACCACUCUCAGGCGGUCUCCCCCGAGUCGUCUGCAGCAGCCGCCCUCGCCCAAGAGGAGGUCGUCUGCGCGUCCGUGGAGGAGACUGGAGGUCCCAAGACCCCUGAGCCAGAAAUCGAGCAGGAGAACGUCACUCCCUCGCCUCCCUCCCGCAAGCGCAGGUCGCCCUCUUGCUCUCCCUCUUCUACGCCCAAGCGCACCCGUAUCACUCCCCCACCUCUCUCGGGGCAGAAGGUUCAGACGCCUUCGCCCCACAUCACCGCCUCGCCGAAUAAGAGGCCGUACAAAGCGGGUCGCGGCCGAGGUUACACUGGCCCUGGCCAGGUCGUGCGAUACCCAGCGUCAGCUGAGCCUGCGGUGCCCGAGACGCCCAGACGCAAGAAGACGAGGACUGCGGCCAAGACACCUGGGACGCGCAAGUCAUCGCGGCUGGAGGAGAAGAUGAAGGCCGAGUAG